CUAAAGCUGGGUGGCCUGGCUACUCGUAAAUGGACCUAAAUAUGAGAGUAAGAACAAAUAGGCAGUCAGGAAGAAAAACAAGUGUGCUAGUGUUAGUUACAGUAAAGAACGACAAGUGCAGGGGAUGACAAAAAGAAAGAGAUGAUAGAGAGUAGAACAUAUGGAGGAGAUAGAGAACAAAUUUGCGCUGAGCUUGUACUGGGAACGGAGAGGGAGGAGGGGAGGUUCACGGUUGGUGCACUGGUAUGUGACGUCAGCGGCUUGUUGGAUUGAGGUGGUGCGUCCUGCUGAUUUUAAUCCGAACUCAUUAAGGAACAGGGAGCAAGUGCCUGUGCAAGCUCUCUGGGGAAAGAGAGAAAGUGACCGGAGAAGGAAGGAACACUAAAGCAUCCAUCAAAGGAGAUAAGUGGAACUAAUUUACAGUUUGAGAGACACAAGACAGAGGAGAUCAAGCAUUUAUUUUUUCUGUUUCAUACCCGCUUUCCCUCAUCACCCUUUCCCUUGUUUUUAAUAAACUUUUUUACUUGAAGACUUAACGUGUGGCCUGUUCAAGCAUGCCCACAAACGGAUUUAACAGGGCUCUGAAGCUGCAGUUCGGCCUUAUCAACUAUGAGAGCCGCUACCUGACAGCCGAGGCCUUUGGCUUUAAGGUAAAUGCUUCAGGCGUCAGCAUGAAGAAGAAACAGAUCUGGACCCUAGAACAGGAUGAGAAAGAUGGCCAGGUCGUUUUCCUCCGUAGUCAUCUGGGACGCUAUCUGGCUUCUGACAAAGAUGGGAAGGUCACAUGUGGGACAGAGAAGCCUGACCCUGACAGUCGUUUCCUUAUUGUGCCUCAAUCUGAUGGGCGCUGGGCUCUGCAAUCAGAGCCUUACCUGCGUUACUUUGGAGGCUCGGCUGACUACCUGUCCUGCUUUGCCCAAGCCAUUGGUGAACAAGAGCUGUGGGCUGUUCAUUUGGCUUUACAUCCGCAGGCCAGCUUGCUCAGUGUGGCACGUAAGCGCUAUGCCCAUCUGUCUGCUUCAGAUGGAGAGAUCUCAGUGGACAGUAAUAUUCCCUGGGGAGUUCACUCCCUGGUCACCUUGGUAUACCUCGAUGGCAAGUACAGCCUGAAGACCUGUGACAGUCGUUUCCUCAGCAAUGAUGGCAAACUGGUGAAACACAACACCAACAAUACAAGCUUUACACUGGAGCUGAAAUCUGGCAAGCUGGCUUUUAAGGACAGUGACGGGAAAUAUCUGACCCCAGUGGGUCCCACAGGGACGCUGCGGUCCGGCCGAUGCUCCAAGCCUGGAAAAGAUGAGCUGUUUGAUCUUGAAGAGAGUCAUCCACAAGUAGUUUUUCAAGCUGCCAACAAAAGAUUUGUCUCUGUCAAACAAGGAGUGAGCAUUUCCGCCAAUCAGGAUGUAGAAACAGACAUGGAGACCUUCCAGAUGGAGAUUGAUAAGGAGAGCAAAAAGUCUAUGUUCCGGACCAAUGGGGGAUCUUACUGGACUCUAGUGACUCACGGAGAGAUACAGUCCACUGCCACAGAAGUGGAGGUCAACACAAUGUUUGACAUAGAGUGGCGAGGACAAAGGGUUGCACUCAGAGCAAGUAAUGGGAAGUAUGUCUGUACAAAGAAGAAUGGACAGCUCUCAGCAGUCAGCGACAUAGUGGGUGAUGAUGAAUUAUUCCUGAUGAAACUCAUCAACCGCCCUAUGUUGAUCCUUCGUGGAGAAAACGGCUUUGUGUGUCACCACAAGAACUCCAAUACUCUGAACGCAAAUCGAUCAGUCUAUGACAUUUUCUCAUUGAUUUUCAAUGAUGGCGCCUACAAUGUAAAAAGUGUAAAUGGAAAGUUCUGGUUCGUUUCUAGCAAUGGCCUAGUGUGCUCGGAUGGAGAAAAACCAGAAGACUUUUUCCUUGAGUUCCUGGAACAUGGACGCGUCGCCAUUAAGAGCUCUGAUGGCAAGUACCUUCGUGGAGACCAAGGAGGUACACUUAUGGGUGAUGGUACAAAUGUUGAUGCAUCUUCGCUUUGGGAGUAUUGAUCAUUUUCAAUCAGGGUCCUCAAAGAGGGAGCAGAAAGGUGGGGUGUAGGACCUGCUUUCAUCAGCUCAAAUGAAACGGACUGACUGGGUAACAUGUUUCCUGUUAUUUUUACUAGCAGGCCAGGUGCCCGAUCCAAUUUUUGUUGUUGUUACUUUUUAACACUCAGGGCGAUAUGUGUGUUAUUUUUUGUGAACGUUAAAUGCCAACAUCAAACAACACAUACUGGUUAAAACAUGUAAUUUCACAAAUCCAGAACAAGAAAGCAGCUGUAUCAAUUCUUCAGACUUUUUGUUUAGUACAUAGGAUAACUGACAACGAAAUAUCUUUGAUGGCAGACAUAUGUAAGUGUUGCUGCCUCUGCUUGUUGCUGCCUUUAACGCAGUUCUCAGUUUAGGCUAUUCAGAAAGCUUGGCCGAUAAUUAAUUCUGUCGAAUUCACCUGGUAAAAAACACCCAAUAUCACUGAAUGCUGGAAAAACCUUUGAAGAUUUCUCUGUGUACACAAAUGAAAAUUAGACAAUGUAGGAUCAGUGUGACUGCAUUGUUAGGUGUGCUGUCUUUAAAGGGAUACUCACUUAUAUUGGUUUAGACCUUAGUCAAAUAUUUGUAUUAGUAUCUUUCUUUUGUUAUUCCUGUCAACAAUCCCCCUGCGUUUUUUAAAUUAUUUCAAUAUUUUGACAUGUUUUACUAGAGACUUGUGGGCAUUUUGAGCAACGGUAAUGCACCACCGUCUUCAAAAACAACUAAUGGCUGGUGCCAAUGGUGGUUUGAUUUAUCUAAAUGGACAGCUCUAUUAGAGAAAAAUAUGGAGUGUAAUGGAGCAAAUAGCAUCACAAAGCAUCACUUCAAACACUGAAAUAUGUGUUUGUGUAACAUAGAGAUACAGAGAGUGGACAUCUACAGGAGUAGAGGAUAUCAGUAGAAUUUUCACAUAUCCGAAUCGGAGAAAAGCAAAAUACCAAAGGGGGAGCACAUAUAAAGCAUUUGAUGGACUAUACAUCAUUUUUAAUGUACCAGGUACGAACACAGAAAGUGCUUCUCUGAUGUUCUGCCUAGGGGCCUUAAACUAUACUGCACUCUACAUCCCUUUAUACACGGUUCUGUGUUCAGAGUUGGGAGAUAAGAUUAGAACAUUUUAUGGAAUAGAUAACAUACAUAUUUGAAAACAAAUGCAAAGGUUUCUUACGGGAAUAAAUAAGGCCUUUACAGCUGUGACAUAAUGACAUAAUGCUAUUAUAUUUGAUGUGUCAAAAUAAUGAUUGUUUGUUUUCUGUCAGUUUGACCACAAUUCGAUGUAUAACCUGAAUAUGUAUUCAUCCUGUAGAUUUGUGUCAGCUAUCCCCCGAAAGAAAUACAAUUUGCACUACUUCAAGUAUAAAGUCUCAAUAUUUUUGUCAUGUGUGCAAUUUGCAAACAUUACAGAGACAUUUUUAGCAGGGCUUAAAAGGCUUAGUCACCCAUGCAACCUGCACCAGCUCACAGAACCCUCCAGACAUCUUUUAGAAAGUAUUAAGAAAUAGAUAUAUAUCCACACAGUAGAAAUGUAUUGUUGAACUGUCUUUGAAUGUGCAGAUUUUUUUGAAAACGAU